AUGCGAUGUGCUUGCCGAGCUUGCAGAUUCGACAAAUGUGUUGCCGUCGGAAUGAAUCCAAAAGCAAUUCAGUGUAAUCGCACAGGGCGCAUAGCGUCGCCGCAAGAAGCGGUUCCGUCAACUACCUCAUCGAAUUCGUCCUCAGAAUCCGAGAUACCUCAUCAUCAUGCUUCCACUUCAAAUUCGUCAGAGAAAGAGCUAAAUCAUCUGUUUCCACAGUCCAAAGAUUCCAGUCGCAAACGUUCAUCGGCCAGUCCGGACAGUGAAUCGACAUCCAAACGAGCUUAUACUAUUUCUGCCCUUCUUGACUUCCCGAACUCAGGUGCCAUGCCGGGCGCUGAUGAAAAUUCCAGGCGCCCGCAGUUAUCACUAUCGCCUUCUUCAAGAAGUGAAGUCACAUUCGGUGUUCGCGAGAGCAUCAAAAAAGAGUGCCUCAUUUCAGAAAAACAUGAAAGACUGAUCUCACAGCUCGUCCGUGCCCAGGAAAAUAUCAGCGAAAUGUUGGAUUCGAAAGACUGCGAUGGUUCCAUCUCAAUGCUCGACCUGCUAGCACGACCACCAGUCACAGCAGCAACUCCAGAGGCACACAAAUGUGAUUACAAACCACAGAAUUACUCAAACAAUGGCCCAGCGGCAGUGCUGAACCAGAAGUUGGCUGUUGCUGUGGAGUACGCCAAAACAUUCGAUUUCUUCCAGUGGAUGCCAGUCCAGGAUAAGGUGGUGCUUCUACGUGAUGUUGCGUUUGUGCUGCUUUUGCUGGAAACAGCGUACGAGAGGUCGAGCUCGAAAAGCGCAUCAGUGCUAAACCACAAGAAUCAGAAGCAACCAUCACAAUCGGAUGAGGAAAAUGUUGGAAUGUCGGUAAUAAUUGAGAGCUUAAACAGAGCCAAAUUGGAUAAGAAGGAAUUUUUAUUGCUCAAAGCAGUUACCUUCUUGCAUUCUGGUAAGCCCGCUCAAGAGUUACAACGGGUACAUGUGCGCGAAAUUUUAAAGCCUUGUCAGAGACCUCAGAUGUGA